AUGGAAAAUAGGGCGGGGUGUCCAGAGGCUCAUGAUGGGGGCGCCUCCCGAACAGGAGCCUCGCGGGCCGCUGAACUGGCGAGUCAAACGCAAGGAGCUUUAGCCGCAGCCGAGUUCUCAUCUAUGCUUAGGGAAAGCCUCUUUUCUGAGGGCGAAAACACGACUAGCUGCAACAACAGUGGCCGUGUCAGCGGCCGGACAGAGGACAGGUGUAGCGACACUUUGGAGAAACUGGAGACCAUUGGCGCGGCAGCGGAGCAGACGCGAACGCCGAGGCGUCUUUGCGUAUCGUCGCUGCUGGGGGUCUAUAACAGCCCUCUUGGCAUGCAGAAGGGGGUUCCUCAGAUGCAGGAGAGCGAGGAGGCCCUUCAGCCUGUGCAGGGGCACUCUGGAAAGGACUGUAGCAGCGGUGCUAGCCCAUCCACGUUGUCUGAUAUUGGGGUUCUCCCGCUGGUGGAGGCCGUUUCUCUCUCGCCCUUGCCAGCCCUGUUGUACAUGGAGAAGCGAGAAUCUGGCUGUGACUGCUGCGUCAGCGACAGUGGAAAUUGCAAGUUCAAUGCAGCCACGAGGGGAGAGGCCUGCUGCAGCGUACGGCGUUGCAGCAGCAGUGGAGCAGCCCCUGACCAUGUCGCAGGAAGUAGGCACAGUAGCAGCGGCUUGCUGAAGGAGACGGCCAAGCACCUGCGGGCUCUGCACAUCGAUCUCUGCUGCAGCAGACAGCCUUCCGGAGAGCCUCUCUGUUUUCCGCCAUCCAGAAGCAGCAAGUACAGCGGGAGCAGUGGCAGGGGGUGCAGCGGGAGGCGCCCGACGUUGAGCCCCCAGAGCAGCAAACUCAGCAGCACCAGUAACAGCAGGCAGUCUCUCCCUUGGCUGCGGCAACGACACUUCAGUUUUUCUGGCGUGAUGACGCAUAGUCUUUGGGAUACCAGGAUCUGUCCAUGCAGGCCUAGCCCUGUUGCAGGGACGCACCGCAGCUGCAGCACCAGCGCUUUAACGCUGCAAUUUGAGCCUUCGGAGCCGCUAGGAGCUCACCCGGGGUGUCUUCAAGAGUCUGUGGGGAGGGCCUCUGCUCGUCAUGCCGAGGCAGCCUGUGUGCUGGAGUUUGAUGACCCCCUUGUUCGGCUGGAGUCUCUGCGUUUGCAGCACCAGCCACGAUCUCCCCUGAUGUUGCUGCGUUGCUGCAGCUCUCCAGUCGCAGACUUGCUGCAGCAGACGAAUGGCGACAGCUGCCCUUCAGUAGCAGACGCGUCGUGCUCGUCUGCUCGAGGAGGGGGUUCCUUCGAAAUCUCGGGAGCUUCGGGGGCAGUGGAGAUUCCAGCCAGCGGUGUGCCGUCUCUAGAGUCAGCUUCUCAAGCGGCCGUAGAAGCCUUCCCAUGUCGUAGUCUACCCAUAGCCGUUUUGUUGGAGAGCUGCUAUGGCUUCCUUUGGGGAGCAGACCUGUCCGCCCGUGUGGAAGCAUACGAGGCGAAGACUGCCCCUCAGAGAAGAAAGCAGGCGCAGCUGUGGGAAGCGUUACUAGCGGCUGAUCCAACGCUAAGCGACCGAAAAAUGGUGAAACAGCUUGUUCGACGGGGAAUUCCAGACCACUUGAGGCAAGCCUUGCUUCAUUGCAGGGGAAAAGUUUGGGCAGUUUUUCUUGGAGCCGACGCUCUCCUGGACUCGGAUCCGGGAGCCUUUGAAAGGCUGCAGCAGGAGCAGCUGCCGCGGGAUGUGAGCGGCCAAAUUGAGGUGGACUUGCCGAGGACCUUUCCCAGCAACAAAAGGUUCCGUUGCAACAAUGGCAUCUGUGCGCUGCGGCGUGUCCUGCGGGGAUUCGCGGCUGCCCGGCCGGCCGUUGGGUAUUGCCAGGGCCUCAAUUUUCUAGCAGCAACAAUGCUGCUGUUUCAAAAGGAGGAGCUUGCCCUCGCCUCGCUUCUGCAGCUGGUUGUUUCCACGGACAAAGACAAAGGGCUGCAAAUCGGCCGCUACUACACCAGUGGGAUGGCGGACUUAAGGCGGGAUAUGAAGGUCUUGGAGAUUCUGAUCCGCCAAAAGGCCCCCCGAGUUUAUCAGGUCCUCAAGAAGACCGGCGUCGAAGUCGAGUGGAUUGCUGCAGAGUGGUUUCUUUGCCUCUUCAGUACCUCCUGCCCCGAACCCACAGUGCUGCGAAUAUGGGAUUGCCUGAUCCUGGAGGGGCCAAAGAUCUUGUUUCGCGUAGCUCUUGGAGUCAUAUUCUUCUUUGAAGGACAACUGGCAAAAAUGCAGUCUCUCGAACAAGUCAUGGGCUCUCUCAAGGGAAAGCUUUCCCUCCUGGUGGAGCACAACGAGCUGUUGCACCAAUGCUUCAAUAGACUUCGGAGGUUUCCGAGGCGGAAGCUCCAGCAACUGCAGCAGACAGUUGCCGCUGGGCUUGCUGACCCGUGCCGCUGCUCGCUCCACUUGCAGCAGCAGCCUCCAGAAGAAGAGCAACAGCAGGACUCCCGGCGACGCCGUUUGCUCUCAUUCAAGCGGCUCAGCCGGCAGCGCUCUGCUUGUGAAGAGGUGCAGCCCCGGAUGCAACAGUCCUUAGCGACCUGGCGUAAGCGUUUGUCGAUGGUCAGCAGCAGAGUUGCGAUUCGGAGGAAGGGGGGGGCUUCGACUGGUCAGGGCGGUUUUUCCUUUUUUGGAGGCAGUCAUUUACCCGACAGGAGUGGCACUGGCAGCCUCCUGGAUUGCAGCGCGCGCCAAAUGCAUCCACCAUCAACAAGAGGUGAGCUUGCAUCGGUCAGUGCUGACCCUCAGCACUAUGCACUGCUUGCAUGUUCCCGGGGAGAACGGAUGACCUUUCCAAACAGUCGUUUUAGUGCUCUGCGGGACGGCGGUGAGGCAGAAGGAACGGAAGGGGAAGGUAGGGAGGCUGCCGCACCUUAG